AUGAGCCAAAGUAGGCAAGCAUUGAGUGCCAAGGCUGGCAAAUGCAGCGUUGGAGGCUCUUGUGGUGCUAAGAGCUUUAGCAGUUACUCAACUGGUGGUGGGUAUGGUGGAACAGGCCACAAUUUUUCUUCCUCUUCACUAGUACGAUCUGGAGUCUCUGGAGGUAACCAUGGCCGUCAUAGUGGUGGAAGUGGUGGAUUCGGCACAUCAAGUCUGUAUUGCUUAGGAGGGAACAAAAGGAUUUCCAUCAGUUCUGGCAGCCAUAGAGGAUUCAGCAUGGGUGGCAGCAAAGGCUUGGGUAGAAGCAGUGAAAGUUUCCCUGUUUGUCCUCCAGGAGGUAUACAAAAUGUCACUGUCAACCAAAUCCUUCUCCAACCAGUCAAAAGUGAUAUUGAUCCAACUAUCCAGAAGGUCAGAACUGAAGAACGGGAGCAGAUAAAGUCUCUUAACAAUAAGUUUGCAUGCUUCAUAGACAAGGUCAGAUUCCUUGAGCAACAAAAUCAAAUUCUGGAAACAAAAUGGUGCUUUUUGCAAGAGCAAAGUCAAAAGAUGGCCUCUAGGAGAGACAAUAUCAAGCCACUGUUUGAAGCGUAUAUUAGCAAUCUUCAUAGGCACCUGGAUGCCACCAAAAAUGAAAAAUGCCGCCUAGAUGGGGACCUAAAAAACAUGCAAGAUGUUGUGGAGGAGUUUAAGGCCAGAUAUGAAGAAGAGAUUAAUAAGCGUACAUGUGCUGAAAAUGAGUUUGUAACACAGAAAAAGGAUGUGGAUGUUUUGUAUAUGCAAAAGGCUGAGUUGGAGACCAAAGAAGAGACCUUAACUGAUGAGAUCAACUUCCUGAGGACCCUCUUUGAUGCGGAAGUGGAGGACAUGCAAGCACGAAUUUCUGACACUAAUGUUGUCUUGACCAUGGACAACAACCGAGAUCUGGAUCUGGAUGGGCUUAUUGCUGAAGUCAAAGCUCAAUAUGAGGACAUUGCAGCCAAAAGCAGAGCUGAAGCUAAAGCCACUUAUGAUAAAAAAUUUCAGCAGCUGAAGGAGACAGCAGGACAGCAUGGAGACAACCUACGGAACAGUAAAAAUGAGAUUCUGGAGCUGAAUACCAUGAUCAAGAGACUGCACACAGAAAUUGACUGUGUAAAGAAACAGGUCUCUGCUCUAGAGACAGCCAUUAGUGAUGCUGAAGCACGUGGGGAGCUUACAGUGAAGGAUGCCAAAUCCAAAUUAUGUGAGCUGGAGGCUGCACUGCAGAAAGUCAAAGAGGAUUUAGCUUCACAGCUCCGUGACUACCAGGCUCUACUCAACGUGAAGCUGGCCCUGGAUAUUGAAAUUGCCACAUACAGGACUCUCCUGGAGGGAGAGGAGAGCAGGAUGCACGGAGAAGUUGACAACCAUAUUAAAAUAUGUAAGUAUGACUUUAAUUAUCUUCAGUACAUUUAA